AUGAUGCUCCAGGACGGGUCAACGCAGCUCCUCUGCCUCACGGCCAGCAGCGGGGUUCCUCUGUUCACCAGGGGAGCCUCCAAGCAGCUGCCCUUCUCCGUCAUCGGCUCCCUGAACGGGGUUCACAUGUUCGGAGGUGGUCAGGAGGUGGUGCUGUCCAGCUGUGAGACUGAAGGUGGGGGGAAGGUGGUGUGGAGAGUUUUCCAAGACAGUGUGAUGCUCAUUGCUGUGAGUGGAGGUGGACACAGGGCUCCGGGCAGCAGCAAGGAGGAGGAGGUCUGUUUACAACGCCUCCUGGAGAAUGUGUGGAACUGCAUGGUGCUGGUGUUGGGCCAGGAUGAGCUGGUCAAUGUCAGGAAUGUGGAGAGGCUGAAGAGGGACCUGCGGUCCUGCUUCAGCCUCAUCGAUCAGCUGCUGGAGGAGAAGCAGGAGGGGAUCCUAGGAACCCUGACACACUGCGCUGAUUCACUGGUGCCCCCAAACCCCAGUCUGCUCCAGGAGGCUGUGGAUGGCUUUGCUCAGGCUGCAGACAGUGAGUUUGGCUGCCUCAUAGUCCACGGGAGGAUAGCCACAGCAACUGAGAAGUGGUGGCGCCUGGCGCCCCAGGAGGUCGUCCUGCUCUCUGCUCUGAUUCGCUCCCUCUCUGACUCUGGAUCAGCUUCUUGUGAUUACCCAGUUUUCCUUCCUCAGGGCAGCCCCACUGUCGCCCACCGCCUGCUCCGCUUCCAGCUGCUCCCUGGAGCUGAUGUGUGCGUGCUGUGUGGUCCUACACCUUCCCUGCACAGAGCCGAGACGGGGCUGGUGGGCCGGUUCUGGUCACCGCUGGUGGAGACCUUGAGAGACUGCCUGGCUGUUGGAGAGCGCUGCUUACCAGGAUCCGUGUCCCUGCGGCCUGGUGUGCUGGCACUUCUUCUCAUUAACCGUGAAACACGUCGCUCAGUCUCCUGUGUGCGGACGCCCCCUCAUCACCCACUUGGUGACUCUCCCUCACUGUCCAAGGCCCGCUGCUGGGAGCUACUGAAACUCUUCUAUAUCUUCAGCAUAUCACGUUACUUCACCCAGGAGGAGACGCCGUGUGUCUCCCCAGAGGAGAGAGCUCAGAGAGGCAACUCUGAAGACUUUCUCCUUGGAUUCUCCCACCAGCCACAACAGUGCUAUCUAGUUACAGAAGAGUGCAAAAGCUAUGGACUUCAGACAGCACAGCACCAGCUCUUUCUCCUCCUCUCACCAUCUGUGCCCACCUUUGCGCUGCGUACAGCAGCUACACAGACUCUCUCUGAUAUAACUGCAGCGACAGGGUUUUAACUGAGCACUGUAACAUCGUCAUUUUCAGGCAAAUGCACAGUUUGACCAAAUUCUAACUCACAGGUGAAGACAGUCAUCUUUAAUGUGAAUUCACUAUUGAUGUUUAGAUUGUUAUUGUUUGUUGAUUUAGCUUUAUUAUAUUUAUUAAGCUUCCAUCUUUCUGUCUCUUGUAAAGACAGUGAUAACCAGAUUACCACUGGAACGAGAUGUACUGUAGAAAAGACAACACUGUUAGAAGUUCUCCCAGUUUCUACUGAACUCCUGCUCUAACUCUGACACAAACAUGAACACAAGUGAACAUGCUGUACCAAAGUGCUUUGAGCUUUGUUUUGCCUCUAAGAGAUAAGUCACAGUGGUAUCUGACGUUACUGGUUUCAAGGUUGUUUUAUUCACGGUAAUGAAAGCUGGUUAGACUUGAUGAAUACAAACAUUAUCAGUAUUGCACUGUGACAAACUAUCUAAAUGUGUGUGAGAGGACAAUGUGAAGGUGGUACACUGGGAUUAAUAAGUGCCUGUGGGUUGCUGUUUUGACAUUUUGAAUCAUUUGGCUGAAAAGAAGCUGAAUUCUUUCAUUGUUCCUGUUUUAUUCCUAAAUAUACUGGGCUACGUGCUG